AUGGGCAAUAAAUGUUGCAGCAAGCGACAGGAUCAGGAACUAGCGCUUACCUAUCCCGGCGGCUACAAGAAGGGUGAUAGCAGCUUCAACUCAAACCUCUCCGGACCGAAGCACAAUAAUGGUGGUUCGAUCGAUUCCCGGUACACACCCGACCCGAACCGGGGACAGCUUAUAAAACACCCGAAAGGUGGCGUAGACAUCAUUCGGCCACGGACUACACCACUUCUGCCCGGUCAUAACACGAGAAGGAUAGUGGUCGCGCUGUACAACUACAAUGCCCGCGAGGAAACGGACGUCAGUUUCGUUAAAGGGGACCGCAUGGAGGUCCUGGACGAUACGGAAUCAGACUGGUGGCGCGUAGUACAUCUAAAGACCCGUCAGGAGGGUCUCAUUCCAUGGAAUUUUGUCGCCGAAGAUCGCAGCGUCAACAGUGAAGACUGGUUCUUUGAGAAUGUGUCACGGAAAGAGGCGGACAAAUUGCUGCUAGCGAAUGAGAAUCCCCGCGGUACCUUCCUGGUGCGACCGUCCGAACACAAUCCGAAUGGGUUCUCACUCUCGGUCAAAGAUUGGGAGGAAAGUCGAGGCUAUCACGUGAAACACUACAAGAUCAAACCACUGGACAAUGGAGGCUACUAUAUUGCAACGAAUCAAACGUUCCCAUCGCUACCGGCACUGGUUAUGGCAUAUUCAAAGAAUGCUCUCGGACUGUGUCACGUACUGUCUAGUCCUUGUCCAAAACCACAGCCACAGGUGUGGGACCUAGGGCCGGAACUGCGCGAUAAGUGGGAAAUCAAUCGCAACGAGAUCCAGCUCAUCCGCAAGCUCGGUCACGGCAAUUUCGGCGAAGUGUACUACGGUAAAUGGCGAAACAACAUCGAGGUGGCGGUAAAGACGCUACGCGAAGGUACCAUGUCCACGCAAGCCUUCCUGCAGGAAGCGGCCAUUAUGAAAAAGUUCCGCCACAGCCGGCUAGUAGCGCUGUACGCCGUUUGCUCCAAAGAGGAACCGAUCUACAUCGUGCAGGAGUACAUGUCCAAGGGCAGCUUGCUCGAUUUCUUGCGCACCGGUGAUGGACAGUUCCUGCAGUUUGAGGAUCUGAUCUAUAUUGCCGCCCAGGUAGCGUCCGGCAUGGAGUAUCUCGAGCUGAAGCAACUGAUCCAUCGGGAUCUUGCCGCACGGAAUGUGCUGAUCGGUGAGAACAACGUGGCAAAGAUCUGUGAUUUCGGGCUGGCACGCGUGAUAGCGGACGAUGAGUACUGCCCGAAGCAGGGUUCCCGGUUCCCGGUUAAAUGGACCGCACCGGAAGCGAUCGUGUACGGCAAGUUCUCGAUCAAAUCGGAUGUUUGGUCGUACGGUAUACUGCUGAUGGAGCUGUUCACCUACGGUCAGGUGCCGUACCCGGGCAUGCACAGUCGCGAGGUGAUCGAGCAGAUCGAGCGCGGCUACCGGAUGCCAAAACCGACGGCGCACCAUCUGCCGGACGAUAUCUACAGCUUGAUGUUGAAGUGUUGGGAUGCGAUACCGGACAAGCGACCAACGUUCGAGUUUUUGAAUCACUAUUUCCAGAACUUUACCAUCACCUCGGAGGUGCCGUACCGAGAGGUGCAAGAUUAA